GGCCGCGGCGGGGGAAAGGGGAGAGACCGCCACGCGGCCGCCAUGGGCGGGGAGGAAAGGGGACACCGGGGAGACCGCGACAAGGGACACAGCCACCCGCGGGCCUGUGUGAAGUGCGGGCAGAGCUCCGCUGCCCUCGUCAUCCGCGUCGGGGAUGCCUUCUGUCGUGGUUGCUUCCAUGAGUACUUCGUGCACAAGUUCCGCGCCAUGCUGGGCAAGAACCGUGUCAUCUUCCCAGGAGAGAAGGUGCUGCUGGCACUGUCAGGAGGGCCAGCAUCCAGCGCCAUGCUCCGACAGGUCCAGGAGGGGCUUAGCCGGGAGACAGCCAAAAGGCUCCGCUUUGUCCCCGGACUCAUUUACGUUGACGAGGGAGCGGUGCGUGGGCAGAGCUUGGCCCAGCGGGAGCAGAGCCUGGCCCACAUGGAGACCCUGCUGCAGGCAACAGGCUUCCCCUACUACCUAGCGCACCUGGAGGAGGCACUGGAGCUGCCCGCAUCCAUCCUGCGGCCAGGGCCAGAGGGGUCCAGCAAGCCCGGGCCGUCCUACAAGGAGGCUGUGGAGGGCUUCAUCCAGCAGCAGCGGCAGGAGGGGGACGGGGAUGGUGGCACUUCCAUGCCCAACCUCAGCACCCAGGACACACCAGCAGGGCCCCCCGCCACCCCCUGCCUGCCCACCACUGCCCAAACCCAGAAGCUGCAACUGCUUUUUGAGGCCGUGGAGACGCCAACAGCGAGAGAGGAGCUGCUGCAGAUGCUGCGGAUUCAUCUUAUCCUGCAAACAGCCCGGACCAAGGGUUAUGCCAAGGUGAUGACAGGCGAGAGCUGCACCCGUGUGGCCAUCAAGCUCCUCACCAACCUGGCGCUGGGGCGUGGUGCCUUCCUCGCCGUUGACACGGGCUUCAUGGACAACCGCCAUGGUGACGUGAUGGUGGUGCGUCCCAUGCGGGAGUACAUGGCCAAGGAGAUCGCCUUCUACAACCACUUCUUCAGCGUCCCUACUGUCAUCGCGCCGCCCCUCCCCACCAAGCGCCGGGAGAAGCCCAGCAUCCACCGCCUGAUGGAGCGCUUCCUCCUGGGGUUGCAGGAGGAUUUCCCCUCUACCAUCAGCACCGUCUACCGGACAGGCGAGAAGCUGAGCCCGGAUCCAGCCAAGGCAAGCAGCGAGUCCGAGCGCUGCCUGCUCUGCCUGUGCGCCCUGGACAUUGCCGGGGAGGAGGAGUUGGCCCUGGAGCCCACGCUGAUCAUGGAUGAGCCGGAGCCGGUGGGAGACAGGGCUGAAAGCAGAGCUGCCUUCAUCCCGUUGCUGUGCUAUGGCUGCCGCCUCACCUUCAAGGAGCUGGGGCCCCUCGCCACGCUGCCGCCCUAUGUGCGCACCGAGGGUCAGCGCAGGAUCCGCAGAGCAGAGAUGGAGCAGCAGAACCAGGAGGUCCUGCACGAGGAUAAGGAGCCCAGCAAGAGCUGAGGAAGCUGGGGAGAGCAGGGGAUGCAAACGCCUGUUCCUCUGGGGCAGCAGUGGGGCUGCGUGCCACACCCUCAGGAUGGUGGGGGACCAGAGCCCCUGGGUCCCCCAGGCAGCUGCCGUUACACCCCUUUUUUGUUACAGCCAGUAACUGGCCAGUGCUGGCAUCCCCAGGGCAGCAGGUCCCCAGUCCCACCCCACAGCUGCCCCCACCCUG